AUGUUUGAAAGAAAAGAAUUAAAGGCAUUUGUCAAAAAAAAUGUUUAACAAAAUCAAAAAGAUUAAGAAUUGAUAUUUAGUAUAAAAAGAAAAUUAGGAGAUUAAUCAUUUGACAACAUUUGUAUAAUUUAAAAGUAAAAUUAAAGAUUUAUCAAACGAUGAAGAAAUCAUUUAAUUUAUUAAUUCUAGGAAAAAACAAAAAUUAAAUAUUGAUGAUGUGAUUAAUUAAACAGAAAAGUUAUCAAUUAAUGAUGAAACACAAAAGAUGUAAAUUUUAAUUUCAAUUAUAAAAGUUUAGUUUUAGAGAAACUAAAAUUUGAUUCUGUUACUUAAUAUAGUGAGAAUACAUAAUAAAAUAGUAUUUUGAAGAUUAGAAGAGAAUAAUUUGUAGAUAAAUAUAGAAAAGAUAUAAGAGAGAAAAUAUUAUAAGAAAAUAGAAAUAAAGUGAUUAUUAUCUGAUUAAAUCUAGUUGAUUAUUCAAUUAGAAUAAGAUAAAAAUAAAUUAAAAUGUUAUGAUGAUAAAAAAGAUGAAGAAUUAGAAUAAGAUUAUUAUGUAAUAAAAUAAGUGAACAAGAGUCAAAUGAAUUAAGAAAAAAAGAGUACAGUAAUGAAUAUAGAUGCUAAACAAAUAGAAAAAUAUUUUGAUAAUUAUUAUAUUGAUAGUGAUCACAAUUAAAGUAUUGAUAGUGAAGACUCAUAACGUACUGAUUAAGAUGCUUAUGAAUAUCCAGAAAAUGAAAGUUGUAGUAAUGAUAAUGUAGCAGUUGAAGAAGAAGUUGAAGAUUAUGAUGAAAAUGAAAGUGAUGAUGAUUGUGUUGAUUAUAAAAAAUGUUAGAGAAAAGAUAUAUAAGAAAAAGAUGAAUAAAUAGAAAUCGAUGAUUCAUCAUCACCAUAAGAAAUCUAAAUUAAUUAAGUUUAAUCAUUUAUGAGCUUUAUUAAAUAACAUGAAUUGCUAAAAUAAGAAAAACAAUCUUGGAAAACAUUUAACUAUGAAAAAGAUUUUUGA